CAGACCAAAUCUUCCCGCGUGGGUCCCACAUUUUCAUCCAUCUUCUGCUCUAAUUUUCCGUUGAUUUCUUCAAAACUUUUCUUCGUCUUCUGCUGCUUCUUCCCUAAGCAAAAAAAAAUGGGAAUUUCUUUGAGUAAAAGGCAACAAAAUCAUCACUUCCACCGCCCUCCUCCGCCACUACCGCCACCGUCUUCUUCCAUUCCUCCGCCCCUCCCUCCUAUUACACCACCUCCCCACCCAAGCUACUCCUUUCCUCCAACUACAACACCACCACCUCCCCCCUCGCAAAACCCCUAUCCUUUACUCCCCCCGCCUCCACGCCAUAACGUAGUCCCGACUUACCCCCCACCCCCACCUCCUUCAAAUUCUUAUAAUUACCAUUUCAGUUUCAAUCAUCAGUCCAGUUAUGGUAGUAGUAGUAGGCCUGUAGUCUAUCAAAAUCAUUACCCUCCUUAUUAUCAUCCUCACGGUAAUAAUGGAUGGGGUGGGUUUAGACCUCCGCCAGCGCCGUUGCCGGUGGUGCCGUAUGUGGAUCAUCAAAAUGCAAAGAAGAUCAAGAAUGAUGUUAAUGUUCAUAAGGAUACUAUACGGAUUCAACUCGAUGAGCUCAAUAAGGAUUCCCAUUUGGUUACCUUUACUUUUGAUGCCCUUGUUGAUGGAAGUAUCACCAUUUUCUACUUUGCGAAGGAAGGGGCCAACUGCAAAUUCAGUCCAGUAUAUCCUGAAAUCAAGCCUGUUCAAAUACCAUUUGAAAAAGGUCUGGGCCAAAAGUUUUGCCAGCCUUCAGGAACUGGAAUUGACCUCGGGUUUUUCGACGUCAAUGAAUUAUCAAAGCCAAUCCAAGGAGAAGAAAUUUUCCCGCUUAUUAUAUCAGCAGAGUCAUGUCGUCCAUCUAAACUAACAGACGAGAAGUAUGAUGAGCAAUCACUGGAUAAGUCUCCCCAUGCACAGAUAACUGAAGCUGUGCUAGUGAAGAAUAAUGAGGAUCAUUUCCUAGUGAAAGUGAUCAAGCAGAUUUUAUGGAUUGAAGGAGUUCGCUAUGAGUUGCGAGAGAUUUAUGGUAUCAGCAAUUCAGAUGAAACUACUGUCAAUGAUGAGGAGUCAGGAAAAGAAUGCGUGAUUUGCAUGACUGAGCCGAAAGACACAGCAGUUUUGCCAUGUAGGCAUAUGUGUUUGUGCAGUGAAUGCGCCAAAGCACUGAGGCAUCAAUCAAAUAAGUGCCCUAUAUGCCGCCAACCCAUUGAGGAACUUCUGGAAAUUAAGGUCAACGAAGUGGCGGCAUCAUAAAGCUGGGAUGUUGUGACAGCCAGAAUUGUAACAAGUCCAAGGAUUGUUUUUUGGUUCAAUAUUCGGCCUGUGAUUGUAUAGCACAGAGAUUGUACAUAAUAUGGUGUGAAUAAUAGAAGUUUUCCCAACAUUUUCACCUUUUUCUUAAAGGAAAAUUUAGACACAUCUUUUAGUUAUUAUCCCUUUAUUCUUGAGGUAAUUAGCUUGAGAACCCCAAUGUUUUUCCUC